GUCACCGCAGACCUCGCCACCGUGGUCGUGACCGAGAGCGCCCAGGGCUGCGUGGCCGGCCGCCUCGAGUGGGGCGACCUCCCGCGGCAGGCCGUGGAGUUCUCGCUGCUGCAGCUGAAGCCAGGCUACACCAUGGUCCGGGACGUGUUCGAAGGGCCGGAGCCGUUCAGCAAGGUCUGCUGGAAGCUCCGGUGCCUGGACGGCCUCCCCGGGCCCGUGCACCCCUCCGACAUCGCGCGGGGCGACCGCCUGAUCCUGGAGGGGCCCCGGUGGGCCACGGACCGGUUAUGCCGCAGCGGCAGCGUGGGACACGGUGGUGAG